AGCUGGCUGUAACUCAGCACUAGGUGCACCAGCACUUCAUGUUUUGAAGACAACAUCAGACUCUUCUGUCUUUUCUGUUUCCUUUUUCUCUGCGGUGGAGCGAACACUUCCUGUUCCAGCGCGGUUUCAUCUACACUUUUGUUUAACGUUGUUGAAACGGACACAAGUACGUUAUUUACAUCGGAGUGAUUUUUCGAGGCAGACUUUUGAUUAAGACUUUUUUUUGCUCUUGGUAACUCGGACUUCACUCUGUCUGGAAGCUUUUGGUUGGAAGUGAACGGAAAUGAGCUUCUUAUUUGGCAGUCGGUCUUCAAAGACUUUCAAACCAAAGAAAAACAUUCCAGAGGGAUCUCACCAGUAUGAGCUCUUGAAACAUGCUGAAGCAACAUUGGGAAGUGGCAACCUUCGAGCUGCUGUAAUGUUACCAGAAGGAGAAGACCUUAAUGAAUGGAUCGCUGUUAAUACUGUCGAUUUCUUCAACCAGAUCAAUAUGUUGUAUGGCACAAUCACUGAGUUCUGCACUGAGACCAACUGCCCUGUCAUGUCUGCAGGGCCCAAGUAUGAAUAUCACUGGGCUGAUGGUACCAACAUAAAGAAACCAAUCAAAUGCUCGGCUCCAAAAUACAUUGACUACUUGAUGACUUGGGUCCAGGAUCAACUGGAUGAUGAAACCCUGUUUCCUUCCAAAAUUGGUGUGCCUUUCCCCAAAAACUUCAUGUCAGUGGCUAAAACUAUUCUGAAACGUUUAUUCAGGGUCUAUGCUCAUAUUUACCACCAGCACUUUGACUCUGUGAUGCAGCUACAGGAGGAGGCCCAUCUCAACACUUCCUUCAAGCAUUUCAUCUUCUUUGUGCAGGAAUUCAACCUGAUCGACCGCAGAGAACUGGUUCCACUGCAGGAACUUAUCGAGAAACUAGGCACCAAGGACCGAUAAAAAACAAACAAAUAUAUUAAUGAAGUAUUUCUUCUUUUGCUUAGAGAAUUUUAAAGCCACAGUCAGUACAAUUUUAGGAGUAGAGGCGUAUUUUAAUAAUGUGCUGUCUGUAGAUUAACAAAUUGUAUCUACGCAAGUCGUUUUAGAAAGACUUUUUUUGGCUCUGAUUUUAAUAGUCUUUUUUUAUUUGGGUUUCAUAAAGUAUAAUAAAUGUUGGAAAAAGUAGAUGUGAGUUAGAAACCAGAUAGAAACUGCAGGCAGAUUUUUGUAUUAAACAUUUCUUAUUGUUUUAUAUUCAAGCAUUUUCUUUAUAUAAGAGAAAGGAACCUAUAUAACCUUUUUUAGUUCCGUAUUGAAGGUGAAUGAAGUAAAAGGUUAUCGGUUUCUGAGAUUAACACAUCUGUACAUUCUUGUUAGGGUCUAACAUUCCUUUCAUGCUGAAAAAGUUUUUAGGUCAGUAUUUUUGCUUUGAAAUUUACACUCUCUGAGUACUUUAUUAGAAACACUAUAUUAACAUUUGGUUAAGUCUCCUGUUGCUUUGAAAAAUGGCUUCAAUUUUUCGUGGCAUGGAUUCAACAAGAUGUUGGAAACAUUCGUCUGAGAUUUUGGUCCAUGGAUCUUUCAGGUGCACUUUCAUGCUGUGAAUCUCCUGUUCUACCACAUUCUAAAGGUGUUCUCCUGGAUUCUACUAGAGUAGGCAGGUCACUGAAGAACCAGUGAAGAAUCGACUUUUGAUUUGUGACAUGGUGCAUUAUCAUGCUGGAAGGAGCCAUUAGAAGAGGGUAGAUUGUGGUCAUGAAGGGAUGCACAUGACCAGCAAAAAUACUCAAAUAUACUGUGCCAAGAAAACAUUUCCCACAUCAUUCCACCACUUAAACCAGUCUGGACUAUUGACACAAGGCAGAAUGGGUCCAUGGUUCUGUGCUGUUGAUGCCAAAUUCUGACCAUCUGUGUGUCUCUGAAGAAAUCAGGAUUCAGCACUAUGGCAAAAAAUCUGGCAACAGUAAUCAUUGUCAAUGUCAAAAACACUGAGAUCACACAAUUUUCCCCAUUCGGAUGGUUGAUGUGAAUGUUAUCAGAAGCUGCUGGCCUGUAUGUGCAUGAUUUAAUGCAUCACAUUGCUGCCUCAUGAUUGGUUUUUCGAUGAUUGCAUGACAGACUAGGUGUUACAGGUGUUCCUAAUUCAGUUCUCAGUGAGUGUAGACUGUAAUAGUAAUGCUGCUGAUUUUGCUCUCUUAAAAUGCUGAUUUUUUUCCUUAGUUUAAAUAUCAUCAGUAGUUCUUUCUUUUAAUGAGGCAUUGAAAAGUAUAUUUGACUCCAAUGAAAAAUGAAUUACAUUACUGUUUUCUUCCCAUUUUUUCCCUAAUGUUAUGCAUGAUGUGCAUUUCAUGACUAUGAAUAACUUUUUAAGAUGAGGAAUAAAACUAUAUUUGCAUCCAUA